AGGACCUCUCAAACCGGAACUUCAGGGACAUUUCAGGGCAGAGAAGCCGCACCAGCAUGUGGACGGCCUGGUGCGUGGCUGCUCUGUCCGUGGCAGCUGUCUGUGGCACCCGCCCAGAGACAAACACUGUCCUCAGGGUCACCAAAGAUGUGCUGAGCAACGCCAUUUCAGGCACCCUGCAGCAGAGUGACGCUCUCCGCUCAGCCCUGAGAGAGGUGCCCGUGGGUGUCGGUGGCAUUCCCUACAACGAUUUCCAUGUCCGAGAGCACCCCCCAAAAUAUACCAAUGGCAACCAGCUUGGCGGUAAUUACAAGUAUGGUCACAUCGAGACCAAUGACAACACCGCUCAGCUGGGGGGCAAAUACAGAUACGGUGAGAUCUUUGAGUCAGAUGGAAGCAUCAGGGACCUCCGAAGCGGCAACUACCGCCAUGCCGAGAAUGCAUAUGACGGCCACAGGGGCCAUGGGCGGUACAGGUCAGCCGAAGGUGCAGUAGCCGUGGGCAGGCUUCACCGGAGAGAGCUGCGGCCUGGAGAGAUCCCACCUGGUGUAGCCACCGGGGCGCUGGGCCCAGGUGGUUUGCUGGGCACUGGAGGCAUGCUGGCAAGCGAAGGCAUCCUGGCGGGCCAAGGUGGCCUGCUCGGUGGAGGUGGUCUCCUUGGUGAUGGAGGGCUUCUCGGAGGAGGCGGAGUCCUGGGCGUGCUCGGCGAGGGCGGCAUCAUCAGCACUGUGCAGGGUAUCACUGGGCUGCGCAUCGUGGAGUUGACCCUCCCCCGGGUGUCUGUGCGGCUCCUGCCCGGCGUGGGUGUCUACUUGAGUCUAUACACCCGCGUGGCCAUCAACGGGAAAAGUCUCAUUGGCUUCCUGGACAUUGCUGUGGAAGUGAACAUCACUGCCAAAGUCCGGCUGACCAUGGACCGCACGGGCUACCCUAGGCUAGUUAUUGAGCGAUGUGACACCCUCCUGGGGGGUAUCAAAGUCAAGCUGCUUCGAGGGCUUCUCCCCAACCUUGUGGACAACUUAGUGAACCGAGUCCUGGCCAACGUCCUCCCUGACUUGCUCUGCCCCAUCGUGGACGUGGUUCUGGGUCUUGUCAACGACCAGCUGGGUCUCGUGGACUCUCUGGUUCCUCUGGGGAUAUUGGGAAGUGUCCAGUAUACCUUCUCCAGCCUUCCGCUUGUGACUGGGGAAUUCCUGGAGCUGGACCUCAAUACUCUGGUUGGGGAGGCUGGAGGAGAGCUUGUUGACUAUCCACUGGGGCGGCCAGCCAUGUCUCCCAGACAAAGGAUGCCAGACUUGCCCCCCAUGGGUGAAAACACCAACUCGCAAUUGGCCAUUUCUGCCAACUUCCUGGGCUCAGUGUUGGCCCUCCUGCAGAAGCAGGGGGCACUGGAUAUCGACAUCACCAAUGGCAUGUUUGAAGAGCUUCCUCCUCUCACCACGUCCACACUGGGAGCUCUGAUUCCCAAGGUGUUCCAGCAGUACCCCGAGUCCUUCCCACUCACCAUCAGGAUCCAGGUGCCAAACCCACCUUCAGUGACAUUGCAGAAGGACGAGGCACUGGUGAAGGUGUUCGCCACCUCUGAGGUCAUGGUCUCCCAGCCCAAUGACGUCGAGACCACCAUCUGCCUCAUCGAUGUGGACACAGAACUCUUGGCCAUGUUUUCCGUGGAGGGAGAUAAGCUCAUGAUUGAUGCCAAGCUGGACAAGACUCACCUCAACCUCAGAACCUCAAACGUAGGCAACUUUGAUGUUGGCCUCCUGGAGGUGCUGGUGGAGAAGAUCUUUGACCUGGCAUUUCUGCCCGCCAUGAACGCUGUGCUGGGCUCUGGUGUCCCUCUCCCCAAAAUCCUCAACAUCGACUUCAGCAAUGCAGACAUCGACGUCUUGGAGGACCUUCUGGUGCUGAGUGCCUGAAAGACAGGGGCAGGGACGCUGCUGCAGCCCCAGAAGAAGCCAGAGCUUGCCCUGGAAGGGCUCUGCUAACACAGUCUCCAGCCCCGAGUCCCUUCAGCCCCCUACAACAGGUUCCCCCCCAGCUUCCCAUACCUCUUCCCACCUGUCUCCCCCCACACCCCGAGAAAGGAACCAGCCAGAGACUCGUUUGGCAAAAGUCCCAUCCACAAUCAGUCCUAUAGUCUGUCCCCGAAGAGGGAAGCAGGUCACCCGGGGGACUGAGGCCUCUCAGACCCCAUGCCAGACUCCACACUGCGCACUUUAAACUUUCAAUAAAAGGUUCCA